GUCACAUGACCAGGCAGCAUGGCGGCGUAGCGGUGCGGAGCUGCUGGAGAUGUCUGCUGUAAACAAUACACAUGUGCCGGAAUCUUUAUUAUAUUAAAUGAUUACCUGAUCAGGUUUAAUUCCAAAGAUGAUGAAGCUGAGGGUCCAGCUGCAGUGUAAGAACCUGCACGAGUACCUGCGUGAGCUGAGCCCUGAGCUCCUGGACCGACUUUACAACCACCCGGCAACAUGCCUUGCUGUGUACAGAGAGCUGCCAUCUUUGGCCAAGAACUACGUGAUGCGCAUGCUGUUCCUGGACCAGCCUCUGCCCCAGGCUGCUGUGGCUCUGUGGGUAAAGAAGGACAGUCAGAAGGACCAUGACGAGUGCGUGUCCAUUCUAAGCGGCCUGCGUCUUUGGCACAGUUUGCAGCUCCAAGGAGGUCUACAGGGGUACAGCCUCAAUCCAGUGUUCAAAGAAAACCUGCGGAUCGCUCUGCUUGGGGGGGGAAAGGCGUGGGCAGACGAGGGCAGCAGCCUGGGCCCGGACCGUCACGCUCGGGACAUAGAGAGUCUGGACAAAUAUGCCCUGGAGCGCUGGGAGGUCAUCCUGCACUUCAUGGUGGGCUCCCCCAGUGCAGCAGUGAGCCAGGACCUGGCCCAGCUUCUGGUGCAGGCGGGACUCAUGAGGAGUGAGGCCGGAGAGGCUCCUUACAUCACCUCUGCAGGAUUCCAGUUCCUCCUUUUAGACACUGCCUCCCAGCUCUGGUACUUCACCUUACAGUACCUCAAGAGUGCCCAGUCACGAGGCAUGGAUCUAGUGGAGAUCCUGUCCUUCCUGUUCCAGCUGAGCUUCUCCACUCUGGGCCGGGAUUACUCUGUGGAGGGUAUGAGUGAGUCUCUCCUCACUUUCCUCCAGCACCUACGUGAGUUUGGCUUGGUCUUCCAGAGAAAGAGGAAGUCCCGGCGGUACUACCCCACGCGCCUGGCUAUCACCCUAGCUGCAGGAGUCACCAGCAGCUCUUCCCCCUCGUCUUCCUCCUCAUCUUCCUCCCUCAGCUCUGCUCCUUGUACUGGAGACACUGGCUUCAUCGUGGUGGAGACUAACUACCGAAUCUACGCCUACACAAACUCGGAGCUGCAGAUCGCUCUGGUGGCCCUCUUCUCGGAGAUGCUGUACCGCUUUUCAAACCUGGUGGUAGCUCAGGUCACCAGGGAGUCUGUGCAGCAGGCCAUCGCCAACGGCAUCACCGCUCAACAGAUCAUCCACUUUCUGAAGACGCGCGCUCACCCCGUCAUGCUCAAACAGACCCCCGUGCUCCCUCCCACCAUCACAGACCAGAUCAGGCUGUGGGAGCUGGAGAGAGACCGGCUGCAGUUCACAGAAGGAGUGCUCUACAACCAGUUCCUCUCCCAGGCCGACUUCGAGAUGCUGAGGGACAGAGCACAGAGCCUCGGCUGUCUGGUGUGGCAGGAUGCCCCCCACAGGGUGAUGGUGGUAACGCCUCAGGGACACAGCGAAGUCAAAAGAUUCUGGAAACGACAGAGGUCCAAUACAUAGCACCAAACCAACGCCACAAAAUAAUCUUUUUCUAUGUGAAAUGUUUUGUAUUAAAUAUGUUCUACAAAGGUAA